AUGUUUGGGAGGACGCCAAGACUGCCUGUUGACAUAGUCUUUGGCUCUGUCAUAGAGAACCCAGAAGUUGUCGACUAUGACCAGUUUGUUCAGUCUUUGAGGAGAGAUCUGAAAGAAGCCAUGAAUACAGCACAGGCAUCUGCAGCGAAGCAGUUGAAGAGGCAUGCUGACCUUUAUGACAGAAGAGUCAGAGGAGCACCAGUGGAGAUUGGUGAUCGAGUGUUGCUGGCUAACAAGGGGGAGCGGGGAAAGCGGAAGCUCGCUGACCGUUGGGAGGAUACUGUCUACCUUGUCACUGGGUUGAAUGCUGACAGCCACACUUUUAAGAUUCAGAACAGCUCCACUGGACGGGAGAAGACGGUACAUCGCAACCUGAUAAUGCCAGUCAACUUCCUUCCUCUUCCCCAUGCUGCCGUUGAUGAGGGAACAGACAUGUCUGGAUUAACAGAGUCUGAGGGCAUGAAUGACAGCCUUAUGGUCUCAGCUGCCAUGGACACUGCAGUGGAUGAUGAUGCUGAGUACAGAACAAGAGUGUGGGUGUCAGAAUUGCCUUCUGAAGGAACAGGUGACACAAGCCUGGAGGGUGAUGCGCGAUCCUUGGAUGCUCAGGAUAUUCCACCUUUGGAUUCGGUGGGAGAUAUACUGCAGCUGGAAGGUCUGCCUCGGUCAGAGUGUCUUCAAGAAUCUGACCGAGACCGUAACAGUGUAGUGUCUCCAGGUAAGGCCAAUGUGAAUGUACAGUGGGAUGAGGGCUCAGAGCAGACUGCCCCUACUGUGCCUGUUCGCGUCGUCUUCGUCUUGGUGGUCCAUGGCAGAGCGUCUCGGCAGUUCCAACGCCUGUUCAAGGCCAUCUACCAUACCUCACACUACUACUAUAUACAUGUAGACCAGCGUUCCAACUACCUCCACAGACAGGUGGGGGCUCUAGCGAGCCAGUAUUCCAACGUCCGUGUUACUUCCUGGAGGAUGUCCACCAUUUGGGGCGGGGCGAGCUUGCUCACCAUGUACCUGCGUAGCAUGGACGACCUUCUCAAGAUGGCCGACUGGAAUUGGGACUUCUUCAUCAACCUCAGUGGAGCCGACUACCCUAUCAGGACCAAUGAACAGCUGGUGGGCUUCCUGACAAAGUACCGGGACAUGAACUUCAUCAAAUCCCACGGCAGAGACAACACACGGUUCAUCCGUAAGCAGGGUCUGGACCGGCUCUUCUUCGAGUGUGACACACACAUGUGGCGCCUAGGCGACCGCAAGAUCCCAGAAGGCAUUGCGGUGGACGGAGGUUCCGAUUGGUUCCUUCUGAACCGCAUGUUUGUGGAUUACGUCAUCAACUCUGAAGAUGAGCUGGUCGUCAGCAUGAAGCGCUUCUACGCAUACACACUGCUGCCUGCCGAGUCGUUCUUCCACACAGUACUAGAGAACAGUGCUCACUGUGAGAGUAUGGUGGACAACAACCUGCGUAUCACCAACUGGAACAGGAAGCUGGGCUGUAAGUGUCAGUACAAACACAUAGUGGACUGGUGUGGCUGCUCCCCCAACGACUUCAAACCUCCUGACCUGCCACGCUUUCAGCAAACGUCCAGGCCUACGUUUUUCGCCCGUAAAUUUGAGGCUACUGUGAACCAGGAGAUUGUUACCCAGCUGGACAGCUUCCUGUUUGGACCUUAUCCACAGGAGACCCCAGGGCUCCAGUCGUACUGGGAGAAUGUGUACGAGGAGAUGGACAGCGUAGCCAGCCUAUCAGACAGCCAGCUCACUCACUACCACGCCUUCACACGCAUGGGCCUAUCACGGGCCGCCACGUCACUGCAGGGCCACCCUGACAACAACAGCUGCAGGUAUAUCUCCAGGGGCCACCCGGUGUCUGUCCAUUUGUACUUCCUGUCAGACGUGUUCCAAGGCUACCUGGUUUGUCAAAAUGCUAGUAACCUAGCAACCAGCCAGCUAGAGACCCUAGAGACUUGGGUCUCCCAUAGCAACCACUUCACCCUGGCCCCGACAACCAACACACUCAACAGACUACAGUUUGCAGAGGUGGGUUCAGACUGGGACGCCAAAGAGAGAAUCUUCAGGAACUUCGGAAGCCUCCUGGGCCCCACGGAGGAGCCGGUUGCCAUGCAACGCUGGGGCCGGGGACAGAACGUCACGGUAACCGUCGUCUGGGUGGAUCCCACCAACGUCAUAGCCGCCACGUACGACAUCCUGGUGGACGGCGGGACAGAGUACACACACUACCGGCCCCCGUUAACCGUGCCAUUACGACCCGGCGUGUGGACGCUGCGUGUGUUGCAUCACUGGAACCUGCUGGCCUCCACCAGCUUUGUGGUUUCACCUCUGGAGUACCACGACCAGCAGCCUAUACGCCAGGAAGACACAGUGAAGCUCCACAGCGGCCCGGUCCGUAACUCUUACAUGGAGCAGAGUUUCCACGGCCUCAACCCCAUCCUCAACCUCCCUGUGCACCUGGGACAGGUGGAGGAGGCGGAGUUUAAAGCAUCACUGACAGGGGCGGAGCUCCAGAGCUGGGUGGACCAUCUCCUGGCAGGGGUGUGGUCUGCAGCGGACGUGUGUUCUCAGGGUCCUAGCUCCUGUCCCGUUAUGCAGCGGUGUCGGGAGACGGGAUGGAGCACGCUCAGUCCCGACCCAAAGUCUGAUCUGGGCCCCCCCAGAGGGAACGGACGGAUUAGGUAG